AACAAACACAAGCAUUUAUAUACAUAAUAAUAAUAAUAUUCUAAAGUUAGAAGAAGAAAAAUGAAGGGAGGUUCAAUUGAACUUGGUGAAGUAUCUAAAAAUACAUCUAGAAGCAAAGGAGUGAAAAGAGGGUUAUCAAUAAUGGAUUUUAUUUUGAGAAUAGUUGCUGGUGUUGCAACACUAGCUAGUGCUGUUGCUAUGGCAACAACUGAUGAGAGGCUUCCAUUUGCUACUGCUUUUAUUCAAUUCAGAGCUGAAUAUGAUGAUCUUCCCUCAUUUGUGUUUUUUGUGACGGGAAACUCAAUUGUUUGUGGAUAUCUUGUGCUUUCACUAGUCCUGUCAAUAUUCCAUAUAGUGAGGAGCACUGCAGUAAAAACUAGAAUUCUCCUCAUUGUUCUUGACACGGUAAUGAUGGGUGUACUAACAGCAGCAGCCUCAGCAGCAGCGUCGAUUGUGUACAUAGCACAUUAUGGAAACACAAAGGCAAAUUGGUUUCCUAUUUGCCAGCAAUACAACAGUUUCUGUGAACGUAUUUCUGGUUCUCUUAUUGGUUCUUACAUUGCUGUUGCUAUGUUCGUAAUCAUAAUCAUCCUAUCACAAGUUGCAAUCUCUAGAAACUAAUCGUAUCUGCUGGCUAACUAGCUAGCUCCAAUUGUUCAUGUCUUUCAGCUUCAUGUACAAAAUUGUGUGUAAUCCUCGAUAGUGUGUGUGCCUUUGUAUCAAGGUGUGUUUCUCUAGCUUGCUUAGCCUUGUGUUGGAUACUUUUUAUGAGGAUUGGGAAGUUUCUUUUCA